UCAGUAUAAUUGAGAAUGUUUACUGGAAGGAGCUUCGGCCUCUUUUUUUCGUGUGGGUUGCAUUCCUUACUGCAGAUCACCAAGAACUAUACAGCCACUUGUUCAACAGCAUAUUGGGUCUUGAACUUAUUGCAGAUCCCAGUUUCUGUUGUGGUAACUUUGUACGAGGCAAUUGGCCUGUACAAGGGGAAAAGACAGGUUUCAUCAAGAGGAGAUACAGGCACUAACUUGAAAGCACACCAGCUGAUCUUGUACUGCUCCUGUGGCGUACUGGCUGGUACAGUUGGUGGACUGCUUGGCUUAGGUGGAGGAUUUAUUUUAGGUCCAUUGUUUUUGGAGCUGGGAGUCCCUCCUCAGGUUUCAAGUGCUACAGCCACCUUUGCAAUGACCUUCUCCUCAUCAAUGUCUGUCGUAGAAUAUUAUCUUCUAAAACGUUUUCCAGUACCCUAUGCUCUUUACUUUGUUGCUGCGGCAACUGUUGCUGCGGCAACUGUUGCUACUUUUAUUGGGCAACAUGUUGUACGGAAACUGAUCAUUAUACAGGGAAGGGCAUCCUUAAUCAUCUUCAUUCUGGCUAUCACGAUCUUCGUCAACGCAAUCUCCCUAGGUGGGGUAGGCAUAUCGAACAUGAUUGGGAAGAUUGAGCAACACGAAUACAUGGGUUUCGAGGACCUCUGCAAAUAUGAUGCUUAAUUUGUCGUCGUCACCUCUUCUUUUCUCCUCUCACAUUUAAUAGGAUUCCAAAGUGUCAUAAUGAGGCGGGCUCAGUAUACAAGUCGGCGUUGUGCCAUUAUGCACGUUUGUGGGACGAAUGAAUGAUUACAUUGAUUCAGCUCCACUGAAAAUUCAGUAUGUUUGCUUUCAUAUGCUGUUAGUGUC